AGCCAACUCAAAGGCCUCCACCAAAGGACUAUGGCUUCAGAGACGCUCGCGGAUGGAGACGCUGGCGACCGCUUCGACCUGGCUGGGGAAUGUACUGUGAUGUCAAGCGAAGGCUUCCUUACUACUGGAGUGAUAUCACCGAUGCUUUGACAUAUCGCACCAUUGCCAGCACAGUUCGGAUGUACUCUGUCAAUCUUCUUCCUGCAUUGGCCUAUACGCUAGACAUGUAUCGUCAAACGGGUCAGUUCUACGGCGUCAACGAAGCACUUUUUACCUCUGCUUUGGCGGCGUUGGUAUUCAGUAUUCUGGGUGCUCAACCUCUCACCAUUGUUGGAAUCACUGGAUUGAUCGCUUUGUUUAACUACACGAUCUACGACAUUAUCACACAGUACGAUGCUUCCAUCUAUCCUCAAUUUAUGUGCUGCACCGCGAUAUGGGCUGCAAUUUUCCAUUGGAUCGUUGCUUUCUGUAACCUUUGCGACUAUAUGCGCUAUGUCACCGACUUCUCGAGCGAGUCCUUCGGCAUGUAUGUUGGUAUUAUUUACAUGAGUAUGUUCCUGCCAGCUUGUCCUCUUAUGCUAUAUGCUAAAGCAGAUUACANNGUCAAGGGUGUUGAAGAACUCGUUGCUGAGUUCAGCUCCAACGGUCUUAGUGCUGGAUACUUGAGUACAAUCAUUGCGUUAUUGUACUUUGGUACUGUAUAUGAAUUGGAGAAACUGGGCAGUAGUACACUCUGGACGCCGACCCUUGGCACGAUAUUCUGGGUCGGCUUUUCUCAUUUCCCUGGCAAUCUGAAGAGAACCGAUGUCAGUUUUCUGCCCAUCUCCAAGUCUUUCCAUCCGACGGCGGACCGAUCUUGGCUUAUUCACUUCUGGCAUCUGGACGUCAAAUGGGUGUUCGUCGCCCUCCCGUUUGGAUUCCUUUUGAUGCUCCUCUUCUACUAUGAUCAUAAUAUCAGCAGUAUCAGUGCACAGGCACGUCAGUUCCCACUGAAAAAGCCUGGCGGUUUUCAUUGGGACUUUUUCCUGCUCGGGUGUACCACGUUCGUGGCAGGCAUUCUUGGACUUCCUUUGCCCAACGGCUUGGUACCACAAGCGCCAGUGCAUACAGAUUCGCUGACGGUCUACGUGACCGAUCUUUGUGUUAUCCCUACUGAAGAGGGCGAGAAAGCAGAAAUCAGACGACCAGUUGUGCGAGCAGAAUCGGUCGUUGAGCAACGCAUAUCUCACCUAUUGAUGGGCCUUCUGCUUGUCGGAACCAUGACACGACCUCUGCUUGUUGUGUUGCACACCAUGCCUGCAGCUAUCUUUGCAGGUGUUUUCUUCAUUGUCGGAAAAUUGAUGUAUCUCAUGUCAGAGGAUCGGUUUAUACCCAAAGACAAGCCACUUCGCAAGGUCAAGAAAAGGAAAAUUCUCAUUUGGCUCAUGCUGCAAGGUCUUGGUGUUGCUGCGACUGUGGCUAUUUCCCAAACCAUCGCUGCUAUCGGUAUGGACAUCACAUCGAGCCAGACACAUUUACCAAAGGCUUCGACUGACUCGAUUGAACAGNGCUUCCCUGUGAUCAUUAUCGCACUCAUUCCAUUGCGUACCCAUAUCAUUCCAAAAUGGUUUGACAAACAGGAACUCAAAGUCCUUGAUGACCUGACUGCGAACAACCCGUGUGUCCUUGCAAGUCUAGGAGGCCCACCAGACCUACCAGAGCAUAUUAACCUCGAGGAGUACGGUGCAACAAGGAGAUACGCUGAGAAGCAUCAAGGUGUAGCAAGACAAAGAGCUGGAAGUAUCCAUCGC